UCUUCGUACCGCUUAAUACAAAUGCACCUACCGUGGUAGAAUUCUGGUGUUUCGGUAUAUAUAUUGUAAGCGUUUUUUUGUACAGUGAAAGUAUUUUUUUACAGUUUUCAAAAUGAUCGGUCACAUUUCAGUUAAGGUUCUACAGAUUUCUGUCCAUUACAAUCGUUGAAAACCCCGGCAGUAUUUGUAACUGCAUUCAUUAUAUUUGUGAGAAAUGAACAGCACUUCUGGGCACCAUGCCUCUGAUGGUAUUUACCAGUCGAAAACUGAGACAAACAUUGUAUUUUCCACUGAUCUGCGAAAGGCUCUCAUCAAACGAGUUCAUCUUGGAAAUGGCGCCGUCGAAUCUGUCAAGUUCUUCGGAAGCGAUGACCGUAUUUUAACAACUUCGGAUGAACCAGGGGUAAAGGUCUGGAAAAUUUGGGAUCGACAGUUGGAAUGCGUCAUUGGAGCAAAAGCUGGCCCGAUAUCCCAAACUUGCUUUACUUCCGGUCUUACUCAGUUGAUUGGCACGGGCAUGGAUUCGUUUUUGUACGUUUGGGAUGUUCCUUCGGGCCGUUCAGUAUGGACACGUGAGGCUGAUUUUAGCCUGCUGUGCUGCGAUAUCUCUUCCGACAACCAGACGAUCGCCACCGGGUCGGAUUUCAAUCAUGACCUUACUCUUUGGGAUCUUCGUACCGGAAAUCCUGUUGCAUCGUUCUCCUCAUUUUUCUCGGGCAGUAUCACCUCGGUUGCGUUUUGCCCCGAUAAACUGCGUCUGGCGGCUGUUUCUCUGGACGACCCGGUUAAAAUCUUUGAUCUGCGCGUGAACAAGCCGACGCUGACCCUGCACGAUGAUAGCGUUAUAGUGACAGAUUUGUCGUGGUGUCGGGAUGGCCGCAAACUGCUGACCAGUGCCAUGAAUUCCCGCGUCUACGUUUAUGACGUCAGCACGGGUGAAUAUCGGGAUAAUCCGGAAAGAUUGUCGCCGUUAAUCGACAGACCGGCGUGUUUUACUUGCUGUGACUGGUCCAGUCUGGAGUCGCGGUGGUUUGCAUGUGGCUCGACUGAUGGACAUGUGUCGGUGUGGGACGCCGACCGGAAUGAAGGACUGUUUGAUCUGUUGUCGCAUGCCGAUGCGAUGAUCAAGGAUUGCGCCUUUAGCCCGAGCGGGAAUUGUUUGAUUACGGUGUGCAGUGAUGGCACUGGGAGAUUGUGGUUGAUGGAUGAUUUGAAGAGUACAAAAAGAUAUAAAGAAAAAGUGGAAAAUUAUCCAUUUGUCAAAAAGUGCUGUCGUUGUGGAACUCGGUUUCGCGGACAUGUUGAUUCAAAGGAGAUGAAAUUUUCCGUUGAAGAUUUGUGCCCAUACUGCCGUUUACGAAAUGCAACCACUAAGCACUGCAUCUCAGACAAAACCGAUAUCAAGUGGAAAUAAUGAGGCGGAAUGUUUCGUUACAGGUGUCAGAGUCCAAAAUCCUCCGCACAUACCGGUCAGACGCGUGUGACCUCCCAUUCUUCAUCGGACAAAUUCAUUCUUUCCUUAUCCAGGAUGAAAUUAGCGAACUGUAAUUCAUCGUUAUCAUGAAUAUCUACUACUUGUUCGGUAUCAUCGGUAUCGUCUAUCUCGUCCACGUAAUCCGCCGAUUCCG